AUAUGACAGAAAGAUAAUAUUGAAAGAUGAAUCUCAAUAAAUAUAUUUGUGAAUAGUUUUUAAGUUUAACAGGAUGCACAGUCCAUACAACUAUACCAAGACUCAGGAGAGCUGUCAGGAGGAAAGAAAGGCAUGGAUUUUCUUAUUAAUCAGCUGCUCAUCAUACUUUGGUCUUCUAAUCAUUGUGGUUUUUUUCACACUCCUAUCAGCACUCUGCAAAAAGUUGUGCAAACCAACAGAGGUCAAAGCUGAGUCCAAUAUAGAGCCUAUAGCUGGGAGUUCCUUCCGGUCGGAAGUACGAGAAUGGGCGACCAGUCUUAUUUCCGGGCAGACCACAACAGGAAGACUGUUAGUCGUCUUUAUUUACGCCUGCAAUGUUUGUGCAGUUAUUGUUUAUAUGAUUGACACAUCAUCAGGCUUGAUGGAAGAAUGCAUAACUUGGGUGGAUUCAAUUACACUUCAGAUAGACUUUGCUCUGAGUGUAAUCUUCAUCCUUCAUCAUUUACUUCGGCUCCUUGCAUCUUCAACAAUUCUAUCUUUCCUCCUAGAGAUGGUUACUAUAGUAGACUACUUUACUAUACCUCCUCUACUAGCAUCUAUAUGGAUGGGUAGAACAUGGAUAGGACUCAGGUAUAUAUUUAACUAUACCACCUCUACUAGCAUCUAUAUGGAUGGGUAGAAUAUGGAUAGGACUUAGGUAUAUACUUAACUAUACCUCCUCUACUAGCAUCUAUAUGGAUGGGUAGAACAUGGAUAGAACUCAUGUAUAUACUUAACUAUACCUCCUCUACUAGCAUCUAUAUGGAUGGGUAGAACAUAGAUAGGACUCAGGUAUAAAAUUAACUAUACCACCUCUACUAGCAUCUAUAUGGAUGGGUAGAACAUGGAUAGGACUCAGGUAUGUACUUGACUAUACCUCCUCUACUAGCAUCUAUAUGGAUGGGUAGAACAUGGAUAGGACUCAGGUUUAUGCGUUGUCUGGUGCUGACCCUGCUCCCAAAUGUUCUUGUCUAUCUACGGCUUCUCUCUAACUCAAGCUCAAUUCGGCUAUCGCAGCUUGUAUCUAAUAUGCUGGGUGUAUUGCUCUGGUUUGCUAGGUUGUUUUAUCUACUAGAGAAUAGAGGAGACUGGUAUCAUGAAUAU